CCAGAAAACCUGCCCAGAACUUGGCGACGGUGCCGGGAGGUUUAGCCUGAACGACGGGCUCCCUGGGGCUGAGCUCCUGGUCCUUCAGCCACUGCCUUCGAAGCUUCGUGAGCUGGUCGACACGGAGCUUCUCGUCUGGAGUAUAGCCAGACAUUGUUGAUGAGUUAUUGAAGGUUCAACCUCAGCUACAGCUACAAUGACACCAUGGAGGACGUCGCUAACAGGAAGUAGAUGAUGUGUUUCAACCGCUCUACAAAUUUAGUGGCGGCACCUGCUGGAUAAAUGUAUGUAUGUAAUCCUUGUGCAACCUGCACAAAACAACUUCCAGGGAUCACAGAGUGUUUCGGUACUUAGGUCAGGCACACUCACCCGGGUCACAGUCGCCAGUUACAGUGAUAAUAAUAAAUAUUUUGUAUGAAUGAUGACACCGUGAGGCUUCCUUAUCCAAAUCCUCAACAAAGACAACAUACGCACUAUUAACGUCACAGACAUGAACAUUUCUAAGGACACUUGAUAGUCAUUAUACACGCGAAAGUAAGGAAACUAACGCUGCUAAUGCUGUUUUCUGCAUCGCUGCUUGAUAACAGCAGGGCCUGCGCAGUAAUCUCUCCUAACGCCACAGCAUGUCGAGCAAUCUCCCUCGUCAUAUUAUCUGGGAGUCGGAGCGCCUGAUCGCCUACCUUCAUCCCCGACCAUGGACCCCCGGCUCUGUAAUCCUGGAGCGCCGCCUCCCAGGAACGCUGGCAGGCAGCAUCUUCCACCUGGAGGAAGCUGAGUAUUUGUCUUGGAUGCUGGGAGCAAGAGCUGUGGCGGAGCUGCUGUGUGACAAACUCCAGGUGCAGAGGUGUGCUCUGGUCACCAGACCGCUGGUGGACAAACCUGCUCAGAUUCGGGUCCUCCCCCUCCAUGGCCUGGAUGCAGAGUGGCGCCCCCACCUGGCAGGAGACGAGGAGCACAACCCUCAUGAUCCGGGCUACUGCACCUCCAAAACGGCACCACGAUGGAGUGACUCCCGCCUAACCGAAAUCCAAUCCAGGAUCCGAGCCAAACUCCCAAACCCAGACGCUCCAUCUAAUCUGACAUUCCUGGGGGACGAUCAGUUUCACCCCGGCCUUUUCUCUCGCAUUGUUCGAGGGGAGGAGCCACAGUGGCGAGUGUGGGAGGACGACGGUCAUGUGUCUUUUCUCACUCCUUUCCCUAACUCCCCUGGCUUCACUGUACUCGUUCCACGCCGUCCUUUGACAUCAGACAUAUUUCGCCUGAAUAGGAACGACUACGAGGGGCUGGUGGUGGCCGCUCGGAAGGUGUCUCACCUUCUGGAGAAGGGCUUAGGUGCCUGGGGAGUUGGGCUCAUAUUUGAGGGGUGUGAGAUUGAUUAUGCUCAUGCAAAGUUAAUACCACUGCUGCAGCCAUCGUCUUGCAGGGAGAGAGAUGACACAGCUCCAUCAGCACAUCAUCAAUUCUUCCGCUUGUAUCCGGGUUAUGUCACAUCAGAAGAUGGGCCAGAAGAAUCUUUGCAGAGUGUGGAGGAAGCGUAUGCCAAAAUUACCCAGAAGUGUUAACCCUUCAACAUGACGUUGUCAUUAAAAUACAGUUGGAAACCAUGUUAGAGAAUUUUAAUAAAUUAUAGGUGUUAGUGGACUGUACCAAGUAUUUAACCAUGCAAACCCAAUUAAGUGGUUCGGAUAAAGUGACAAUGGGUAACUCAUCUUAUUGACGACUCAGCUUUAUCAGACAUUGACAUGGUGCGGUUUCCUAGCAACGCAGCAUCCACAGCACCUGGCUCCCACGCAAUUCAUCUUGGUGACGUACAGAAGCGGCUCAAUGCUGCAGCUAAGGUCCAUGAUGGAGAAGACGCUGAUGCUAAUCUGGCAGCGGAACUCCACUAAAGAGUAGUAGGGCGCAAAGGGCAUGAGCACCGGUGGUAGGUAGUUGACCACGAUGAUGACCAGGAUGAUUAGCACCAUCUUGAGGGCUUUCUUCUUAGCCGGGUGCAUCACCUCUUUACCCGCCACGGAGCGACGCAGGACCCAGAUGAUGGAGAUAUUGCACAGGACCAUGACGGUGAAGGCAAAGAGGAUGACGCCACUGAAUACAGAGUUGACGCUCAUAGAUCCCAGGAUGGACUUGGUGAGGGCGUAGGCCACUAUCACAGCCCAGACCACCACCGAUAUCCCAAUGCGGAUUUUGUUGUCUCGGAUGCUGGUGAACAGUACAGGGUGCACCACGGCUGUGUAGCGGUCAAGGCAGAUACACACC